AGCACAACUCCAAAAGCUGGCCAAAACAGGUAGGCAGUCGCUCUGUAGGCUUAAUGCUCUUGUCAUUUUGUCAGGGAUUGUAACUUGCGAGCGCAGCCAUGGGGCGUGUUCGAACAGUCACUGGUGAGGAAGUGAUGUCAGACAAAGAGUUCGCCGUGUGGUGGAAGGAGCACCACCGGCUCGGCGGCAGCUUCUGUGAUGCGCUUCGGCGCCACGUAGCCGGACAAAUGCAGAUCAGGAAUUUCCGGCGGCUCAUGCUCAGCUGGGAGGAUGAGGCGCUGAGAGCGGAGAGCCCAUGGAUGGAUGCAGACAUGGUGGCGGUGGUUCGGGCGUACACCGCUGACGGACAGGAUGAGUUGCUGAAUGCUGUGCACAUCGGUCAAACAGCGGAGGUGGCGAGCCUCUUGGAUACGCCUCAUGACCCAGACUUUGAAUCCGGUGAAGGCUCUAGUUUUACCCUUUUGUAUUUGGCCGCAUAUCAUGGCCAUGAAGGCGUUGUGCGCUGCUUGGUGGAAGCUGGUUCUGACAUGGACAAGGUCACUAAGGAGGGAUGUACGGCCAUACAUGUGGCCACCCUGUACAACUACAAGGAAAUUGUGCGCUGCUUGGUGGAAGCUGGCAUUGACAAGGACAAGGCCAACCAUGGAGGAGAGACGGCACUGAUUUUGGCCGCUCUUCAUGGCCGCAUGGACAUUGCACGCUGCUUAGUGGAAGCUGGUGCUGACAAGGACAAGGCCAACCCUGUUGCAAGCACGCCUUUGCAUUUGGCGGCCAUGCAGGGCCACAACGACAUUGUGCGCUACUUGGUGAAAGCUGGCGCAGACAAGAACAAGACGAAUGAACUCGGAUACACGCCGAUGCAGAUGGCUGCCAACGGUGGACACAAACACAUUGCGCAGUACUUGUCGAAAUCUGGGACCAGAAUGUGCGCACUUCAAUGACAAAGAGCGGAGAAGUUGCUCUUGUCACCCCCGACAUCCAGGCCCACAAAUGUUGGGGCUCGGAAAAGUAACGAGCCGCGGGUUCUUGUGCACGGUUGCCUUUUUCCAUCAAGAUCUUUCCAUUUCGCGAUGUGAGACCAGUUUUGUUGAAAGUCCGACCCA